CGGCAUACGCGAAUGUGAUAAAGAACGACAUGUCAAAACUCCUUUUCGAUUUUGUUUGGAAAUAAUUAUUAAAGCACAUUAAUUUCUUUUUUUCGGCAGUAAGACUGAAUUCGAAGAGGUGUUAACCAUUCAAUUUCCCGAUGAUUUCAUGUUGAGAACUCAACCCGCGUCAUAUAAUCAUAAUCCACAGAGCCCCAUUUAACUGUGGAAGACAAAUAAAGGCACCAUGUGUGCUCUACCUGGUCCAGGUGGCCAAGGGAAGCGGAAGGAAAUUUACAAGUACGAGGCACCAUGGACGGUUUACAGCAUGAACUGGAGUAUACGCCCAGACAAAAGAUUCCGUUUGGCUUUAGGAAGCUUUGUGGAGGAGUACAAUAAUAAAGUACAAAUUGUUUCCCUUGAUGAAGAAACAUCAGAGUUUACCUCAAAGAGCACAUUCGAUCAUCCAUACCCAACAACAAAAAUAAUGUGGAUCCCUGAUGCUAAGGGAGGCUAUCCCGAUUUGCUGGCCACCAGUGGGGAUUACCUGCGGGUUUGGAGGGUCAGUGAAAAUGAAUCUCGCCUCGAGUGUCUCCUGAACAAUAAUAAGAAUUCAGAUUUUUGUGCUCCACUGACUUCAUUUGAUUGGAAUGAAGUGGACCCUAACCUGCUAGGAACGUCCAGCAUCGAUACAACAUGUACAAUAUGGGGUCUGGAGACAGGACAAGUUCUCGGUCGAGUCAAUGUGGUCUCUGGUCAUGUGAAAACUCAGUUGAUUGCACACGACAAGGAGGUGUAUGACAUUGCUUUCAGUCGGGCAGGAGGUGGAAGAGAUAUGUUUGCUAGUGUCGGUGCUGAUGGCUCUGUCCGUAUGUUUGACCUCCGUCAUCUGGAACACUCCACUAUUAUCUACGAGGACGCCCAGCACCACCCCCUCUUACGACUCUGUUGGAACAAGCAGGAUCCCAACUACCUGGCUACGAUGGCUAUGGAUGCUAUGGAGGUCAUUAUCUUGGACGUGAGGGUCCCCUGUACUCCUGUGGCCCGCCUGAACAACCACCGAGCCUGUGUGAAUGGAAUCGCUUGGGCCCCACACUCCAGCUGCCACAUCUGUACAGCAGCUGAUGACCACCAGGCCCUGAUCUGGGACAUCCAGUCUAUGCCACGGGCCAUCGAGGACCCCAUACUAGCUUACACCGCAGCAGGGGAGAUAAACCAAAUCCAGUGGUCAUCCACUCAACCCGACUGGAUCGCCAUUUGUUACAACAACUGUCUCGAAAUCUUACGUGUCUAGACAAAGUUCACCCCUCACCCUCACCCAUGCUAUUUAUUGGAUAGAGAUCAUGUUAAAUACUUUAUUUAAUUUUCUCAGCAUCAAAAGAUGGUGAAUUAAAAUUAAAGAUGAUGUUUUGCAUUAGACAUUUUAUAAACUGUCUUAAUUACGUGUAGUUUGUUCAAGAUCAUGUAGUUGUCUUUGUAUUGUGUUCUUGUUCAAAGAUUAUGAACAAAUAAUGUCCAUGAACAGUAAAUCAGAAACAAUGUAAAAGUCAUUAUUGCUUGGUAAAUGGCAAAAUUGGCAUAGAAUGAUUACAAAAGUUACAAACCAUAGAUCAUCAUGAAAAAAACCCUGAUUUAUGGUAUCGACAUUGUCAUAAUAUCAAAAACUUAAAGUUGUACAGCAUAUGCAUUACAAGAGGUUGUGCAUGUUUAAUGGCAAAAUUUUUGAUAAUUAUUCUGAAAAGGAAUUUUUUAAACUAUUAACGACUAUGCAUGUUUGAUUUUUUUAAAAAAGAUACUACAUAUAUGUACUUAACCAUAUUAAGCAUGAAGUACAUUUUUUUAUACAGGUAUAAUCAUAAGUUUAUUUUAUUUAUUGCAUUUUUGGUUUUGCCACUAUAUAUCUGAUGUGUUAUCUAAAAUUUUGAUGAAAAUUAAUACUUUUUCUUGAAUUUUUAAGAAUGUGUUUUUUUUUUCAUAAAGAUUCAAAUUUUAAUAAUGAGUUUUUCUCUGUAAAGCAUUGGAUGAACUAAAACUUUAUGAGCUUCUAUAUCUCUUUACUACUGUGGAAUCAUCAUUGUUCAUGGGGACCAAUGUUCAUGGAUUUUAUUGGUAACCCUUGUCUACAAAUUAACAUCCCCAUAAACGUAUUAAAUUCAUUUAUUUAAUAUUUAUUAAUAUUAUCAUGAUUAUACCACCAACGAAAUUACGUCCCCAUGAACCAGGAAAAUUUUGGCUGCCCACGAACAUUGACCCCCUUGAAUAAAAAUGAUUCCACAGUAUUCAUUUUAACUGUUUAUUGAAUAAGAAGAAAUUGAGGGGAUGUACUGUUUUUAGCAAUGCUUACAUUGUCAUAGCAUGAGUUUUGACAUUUCAUUUAAUGCUUUAUUUAAUCCAAAUUUCAUGUCUUUAAAAAACUGUGUUUUUAUAUAUGUGAUUUAACUUAAGAAGUUGCAUUCUUGUAGAAGAUUUUUUUUUUUAACAAUGUUUGAUUCUCACCAAACAUUAAUAACUCUUUAUAAGGGCUGUAAAACUGCAUGCAAGAAAUCUGCUUUGAAUGUGUGAAAAUUUACAUACAUCACAAAGGAUCUCUAAUCCUUUGCCCAGUAUCAGCAUUAUGAAACUGUUGGUAAACACAUGAAUUUUGGUAGACCUCUAUUAUUCUACAAUGUUAUGGUUUUUUGCAAAAAUACCUUUAAUUAUUUUGAAAAUGAAGAAAGAAAUUCUCAUACACAUGUAUAAUCUAGAAUAAGGCAUUCUUAAUUUUUGAAUCCAUAUAUUGUAACUGAAUGCAAAGUUUUAACAUUUGUUCAUGUAAUAAUUGUAAGAAUUGUAAAAGUGGAGACUAAAUGAUCACCAAUUUUCUAUAUGGGAUAUGCAUUUUUACCAGGCUUGGAUCAUGACAAAAAUAUUAUUUUAUGUAAAUUUGUGUACAUAGCUCAUGCUUCACUUUUCCUGUAAUUAUCAAAUGAUAAAUAAAUAAAUUCUAGAUAUUACAACCUUU